UCUGCUUUGGACCCGAGCCUACGGACCCGAACCUCAGUUUUGCUCUUCCUCCUGCGCUCGCCGUUGAAAUUUGUUUCGCACUGCUCUCUCUUCUCUCUCUCUCUCGAUCACUUUAUCUCUCUCUCUCUCUCUCUCUUCCCCUGGUUUCGUUAAUUCUUGAAUUCGAAAACCCUAAAACUUAUCCCUACAGAUUCUGAAGGAGGAAAACAAAAAAGGAAGCUUUCCUUUUUUUUUUUAAGGUUCCCAUUUGUUGACACAAGUGGUUGUCUGUUUUGUUUGUUAAACACGAAAAUCUAUGAGUCAGAGCAUGUCAGUUGGAGGUAGCAUAUGAGUUCUCGGGGAAAAAGAUAUAUAAAAAAGUAUUUAUAGGAGCUGAAUCUAUGCCUGGAAACGAAUUUGGGGAGAAGAUCCACAAUUUCUUUGGACAGGAAGGCCUAUCCCAAGACCAGCGCCAGCCUCAGGUUGUUGACGCAAACUGGUCCGGUUUUAGUAAUGGUCUAGUCAGCAACCAGAGGCAGAUAGACCCAUCCCUUAUUGCCAAUCUGAAGAGCUAUAACACACACCAAUCUGUUGAUCCUCAGAGAAGUCAAUCAAAUUCACAGCAUGGUUUGAAUUUUACUCAGCAACCUAUAAGGCCCGAGAUCUCGAGAAGUUUUUUGCAAGACCACCAACAACUCACAAAUGGUUACAUGCAUGGGAACCUUGGGUUGCAGACAAUGCCGAAUGGGGCAAAUUUUUUGGGAAUGGAUGUAGAAUCUAGUAGGGAUAGGUUACCAGCGAGGGGAUUUACUCCAGAACUUCGUAAAACUCCUAUGAGGUUUGAGAUGGGAGAAUCUCCGGUUAAUUAUGAUUUCUUUGGUGGUCAACAGCAAAUAAACACACAGCUCCCUGGCAUGCUCCAGCCUAUGCCAAGGCCGCAGAUGACAUUCAAUGAUAUGCAACUACUAAAGCAGCAAGUUAUGGUUAGGCAAAUGCAUGACUAUCAAAUUCAACAACAUCUUCAAAAGCAGCAGCUAGAAGCCGGACAGCUCAAUUCUUUGAAUUUAAAUGCAGUCAACAGAAGUCGCUCAAGUGAUAAUCAGUCUCAUCCAUUGAUUAAUGGCAUUCCUCUUCAGGAUGCAUCAAGUAAUGGUUGGCAGCCUGAUCUUAUGACAGGAAAUACAAACUGGAUGCAUCGCGGCAUCUCACCAUCUGUUCAAGGUUCAUCCAGUGGGCUCAUGAUUACCCCUGAGCACGGUCAGGCAAACUUACUGGCGCAACAAUUCGAACCCUCCUUGUACGGUAUGCCCGUUAGUGGGACAAAUGCACCUCAAAAUGCCUUUUCUUCUGUUCAGAUGAACAAGUUAGCUGCGCAGCAUGGUUCUGCAAACAGGAGUUCUCUCACAAAUCAGCCAACUUCAUUUCUGAAUCAAGGUGAUGGACAGGACAGUCAUAUGCUUCCUAGAUCGACAUACCAGGAGAAAGUGUUAUUCUCCCAUACAUCAGUUCCAGAUACAAAUAUCAGGUCCAAUUUUGAAAAUUUCCAGCAAGAUGAUUCCCGCGAGAGGAAUAUUUCAGUGCAGGAGAAAUUUGGUCAGAUGGAGGGUUCUGGUCAAUUAGAAAAAUCAUUUAUGAAAGUGCCUGAAAAUAUAAAUGCAUUGCAGAAGUCGUCAACAUUAGAUCCAACGGAAGAAAAGAUUUUGUUUGGUUCGGAUAGUAAUUUGUGGGAGGCAUUUGGAAACAGCACUGAUAUGAGCUUGACAGGAAAUCUUAUGUCCAGUAGUUCUGACCUUUUUGAUGCAUGCCCCUCUUUGCAGAGUGGGAGUUGGAGUGCUCUUAUGCAAUCUGCUGUUGCAGAAACAUCCAGCGAUGACGCAGGAGUACAUGGAUGGACUAACAGCAAUACUGGCCCACAUACGAAUUCUCAUACUGGUAGUAGAGCCCAGGAUUUGGGUGUAAAGGCUUCAAACGCACUAAGUGAGAGACUCCACAGUGAUUCCACUCGGGCAGCUGUUCAACAUUUGCCGGCGAAGGGAAAUAAAGUUUCAGAUCAUGGCCUACUAGAGAAGCCAAUGGGUCAACUUAGUCAAAUGGCUGGAAAUAUAUUUCAUACUUCAAGUUCUGGUAUUGAUGAACAGAAUAAUUCGCAUUCUAUUCAAAAGAACGAGGGCAUGGAAGAUAGAUUUGGUAUCUGGAAGGCUGCGUCUAAUCAAAAUGUAGCUGCUCAUGUUGAACAUAAGAAUCACUCCACACAUAAUCCACAAAUGCAAAGGGAAAACUAUGGACUUGGCAUUGCUGGUACAGGAAACAAUUCUAGUGCUUUGAGGGAUGUUCAGGGAAAUAUCUCUCAACUGAAAUCUAGAGACGGCAGUCAGAUUCUUGAGUCAUAUGCGAGUAAUAAUACUGGAUCCAAUGAAAUGGUAAAUGCCCGUGAUUUUUCUAUGGUGCCUGGUGGAAGAGACACACAAUCUGGUCAUGUUGGUAGUAGGCCGUCAAUAAGUCGCAAAUUUCAGUAUCAUCCCAUGGGUAAUAUUGAUGUCACUAAUGAGUCUCGUGAUGAUAAAAUUUCUCAUUUGUCACCCACAUUGGAGCAGGUUUCUUUAGGAAACCAAGGGUAUUUUGGGCAGUCAAAGCCUCUUGGUCAGCCGGCUAUGAACAUGCGAACUGACAGGGGACAUGUUUCGCAAAACGAGUUGAAUUGUACAAAUGAGACUUUUAAUGGCAUGGGAUCAGAUAAUUCGCCUAGUACAUCUGCUUCAGCUGACAGAAGUGUUGAUAGGUAUAAUCAAGUGAAGAGUACUUCGUCAAGGCAGACUAUGCUUGAGCUUCUUCACAAGGUGGACCAGUCACCAGAGAAUUCAUCAGAAACAAAUGUUCCUGGUGUUUCAGAAGCGACACCUUCUGCAGACUAUGGUGGUCAGUUCCAGCAUAAUCAGCCAUCUGCUUCUCAGGGGUUUAAUCUACAGCUGGCACCUGAAAAAGGAGGAACAAGUCAAUCAAGGUUUGCUCCGUGGGCGUCUAAUCAAUCUUUUCCUCAGCAAUUCACUCAUCAAAGACCAUUUCCUGGAAUCCUAGGAGGAUCCAACAUGACCUCUGGUUUCCCUUACUCCAGAGGAUAUCACCAAAAUCAACAGAUGCCUGUUCCUACUCGACAGUCAGCUGCUAAUUAUCCACUCAAUUCAUCGUCUGAGUUGUCUACCCCUCAAGUGAAAGAAAGAGAUGAACGUAGUGACUUUGAUCAACGUGCACAAACACCUUCCGUGAUAAAUCGUACAACCCACAACACAAAAGGAGAUAUAGCCGAAGGAUUUCCUAUGCUGUCUGCUUCUCAGCCUCUGGUUGCAUCCAGUUCGCCUCAGCAAAGUUUAUCUUCUGGUAUUAUGUCUGACUCACCAGCCGGUAUUUCAGCUCCGCAACAUCGGUUUUGGAACCAGCCAUUUAAGCCUCAGUCAGAUGUUUUACGGCCGCAUCCAUUGCCUAGCAACAACAUAGCAGUUAGCUUCUCAAGGCAGGUGAACGCAAAUCAAUUGUCCUCCCAAACUGGAGGAAACGUUUCAUUAAGUGGGAGGGACAUGGUGAAUAUGCAUGAGUUACAGAGUAAAGAUACAGGUGCAAAACAAACAUCUGAUGUUGGUCCGAUGUUCUCCAGUAUGGUGCAGAGCAAUCAUCAAUCCUUUGACCGCUCUCUUCCUUCAAACAACCUUCCAAAGGAAAGUUUACCUCACGAUGAACAAAUGGCUGGAAGUGGGGAGGGCGAUUCACCCAAGAUGAAUGUGGAGAGAGUUGGCAAUAGUGCUAGUGAUACGCAAAAGGUAGCUUUUGGGGAACAACAAUCACCUUUAAGGUCUGAUGGUUUAGUUAGAGAUGGAUAUAAUCACAAAACGAACCAGAUACCUCAUUUUGGCCAAACUGUUUCUCAGAGUUUUACCACUAAGAAUUAUCCAGCCUCGGCUGGAGCAGAUUAUCAACAAAUCAGUCCUCAGAUGGCUCCAUCCUGGUAUAAUCAAUAUGGUACUUUCAAGAAUGGACUGGUGCAACCCUUGAAUGAUACAGGGAGAGCAACUCCCUUGAAGAUAGGAGAACAACCGUCUAAUGUUGGGAGUUCGGUUGAUGGUACACAUUCUAUUCAAUUAUCAAUGCAAUUUAAUAUGCACCAAAUGUCAGGCUCUGCACCAGGAGUGGAGACUCCCUCAUCUGAAUCAUUGCUUCAUGAUCCUACUGACAAGUUUCUAAACGUUGAUAUACCAAAAAAGCGUAAAACCGCAACAUCAGAAUUAUUAUCCUGGAAUAAAGAAGUCAUGCAGGAUCCCCAGAGGCUUAAGACGCUCUGUAAGAACGAGACUAACUGGGCCAGAACAACUAAUCGAUUGGCUGAAAAGGUGGAUUUUGAGACUUUACUUGAGGAUGGCCCACCAAUCAGAUCAAAGAGAAGGCUUAUAUAUUCAACACAACUCAUGCAACAACUAUUUAGCCCGCCUCCGGCUAGGGUGAUUUCUUUGGUUGCUAACUCGAAUUAUGAGUUUGUUGCAUAUAAUGCUGCAAGAGCUGCACUGGGAGAUGCAUGUAGCUCCAGUGGUACCAACAGGAGUGAGUGCUUUUCACCUCCGAACGAUUCAAACCUGUUGUCUGAGAGGACGGAAACUGAAAAAAUUAGUGACCAUUACAUCUCCAAAGCAGCUGAAGAUUUCAUUAGUAGAACUCGGAAAUUAGAGACUGAGUUUGCAGGGCUAGAAAAUGGAACUACAAUUCCAGACUUGAGAGUUGAAGUCCAGGAUCUAGAGAAGUUUGCAGUGAUCAAUCGUUUUGCGAAGUUCCACCCACCAGCCUCAUCUAUGGACCGGACCGUGAAUUCACUUAGGUUAAACCCUCAAAGAUAUGUUACCAUAGCUCCUAUGCCUCAGAAUAUUCCAGACAGGGUACAGUGUCUCUCGCUCUAACGACUGAUGAAUCCAUAUAGUUCACUUUUUGGCCAAUCUUCCCUA